AGGAGGUGAACCCCAGGAUGGUGGCGCGCUGCGACCGGGAGGUGAGGCUCGCAGAACAACGCCGGAGGGAGAAGGUGGAACAGCAGACGGAGAUCAAGAUCAAGCUGGUCAUCGAGCUGGACAUUUGCGGCAUGAGUGGGUUUUGGGAUCACACGCUGAUUCAGCCCAGAUCCACGUACAAGAUGGGCCGGGAGCAAUUGGUCAAGGACUUAAUGGAAGAUCUCAGCUCCAGCUCCGGGAUCGACCCGACUCACAUGGCGCUGUUCGUGCUCCAGUACCGCAGCUCGGCACGGCAGAUCCGAUUCGGGUACAUGCAGCCCAGCAGCGCCUUCAAGUUGCAUAUCCCGCAGUACGGGUCGCCCCACUUCGACGUGAGCGACCCUAGCUUGACGGUGCUCAUGGUCUUAUCUCGGGGCUACCAUUUGCAGACCUUGAAGUGGACUCGAGAGG